CACACGCGCUGUUGUUGUGAUUGACAGACGGAAGAGAGAGAUGAGAGAGGGGAAGGAGAGGAGUCAUGUUGAACUUUCGUUUUCGUUUUAGGUCAUUAAACCCGGCGAUGUCCGAAAUACUCAUGAAAGAAAUGGAGAGUAUCUCGAUCGGUCCGGCGAAGGCGGAGGAGACUCCGGACGGUGGGCGGAGCUUUCCUGCUGGUGGACGAACAAGAAACCUGCAGGUCCACGAUGAGACCGAGUUCGUGGACCAGCUCGGCUGCGGUGACGUGGCGGGCGUCAAGGUGCUCUCCAUCUUCGGCAACACCGGCGACGGCAAGUCCCACACCCUCAACCACAUCCUGUUCGGCGUGCGAACCGUGUUCUACACCUCCAAGUCGCCCAGCUCCUGCAGUGGGGUGUGGGCCGCGUACGACCCCGUCCUCGGCCUGGUCUCCCUGGAUACCGAGGGCCUGUUGGGGGCCGCGGCCAACCAGAACCAGAGAAUGCGGCUGCUGCUAAAGGUCUUGGCGGUGUCUGACAUUGUGGUCUAUCGCACGCGGGGGCGCCUCCACAACGACAUGUUCCAGUUCCUGGGCAACGCCUCGGGGGCCUACCUGAAGCACUUCACCCCGGAGCUCAGGGCCCUCUCCAGCCGCUGCGGUCUGGACGUGCCCCUCUCCUUCUCUCGGGCCGGCUGUAUCGUCUUCCAGGAAACGACGCACACCCAGUUACUCGGUCACGAUUCUAAGGGGACGGGCCAAGCCGACACGCUGCUCCAGAAGCGGUUCCACGAUCUGGGAUUGGGGACCGAGGCCUUCAGCUCGGUGCAGUACGUCGGCACCCAGACCAUCACGCCUCCCACCGACUACAGGCCGCUGCUGGAGGCCGUCAGGCAGCAGGUGAAGAACACUCACACGCGCUCCCCCCGCCAGCCCGGGGAUCGUGUUUCACGCGCCUGGGAGGCCCUAAGUGAGCGUUUCUGUGGAGAACUGUCCGACGAUAAGAUGACCCCCCACUCUUUCUUCCCAGACGAGUACUUCACCUGCUCGGCUUUCUGCCUCAGCUGCAACAUUCGCUGCAAAAACGGAAUGAACCAUCUGAGAGACAGGGUGCCCCACAUGGCAGAUGGACUGUGCCAGUAUGUCCACCAGUACAACAACAAGGUCCUCAUCUGUAAGAGGUGCUAUGAAGGAGGCAGAGAGGUGAUUGUUUUGCCCAAGAGACGUCCUGCUUCCACUGACAACCCAUGGUUUGGACUGGCCAAGUAUGCCUGGUCAGGCUUUGUGUUGGAGUGCGCUAGCUGUGGUGUAAUCUACCGCAGCAGACAGUACUGGACGGGAAACCAGGACCCCGAGAGCGGCGUGGUGCGAUCUGAAAUCAAACAUGUCUGGGAAGGGUCGGACACCUUUCUGACCAACCACCAGAACGCUGCCCAGAGGGUCCUGGAUGGGGAUGAACUACGUGAUCCAGUCCGUGACCGUGAGUACAGCACGGGGCCCACCAAGGCGGUCGCCGCCUGGGUCACCGAUCAGGUGGCGCCGCCGUACUGGAGACCCAACACCGAGAUCACCGCCUGUCAUAGCUGUCGGAAACUAUUCGAGGAGGCGGAGAGGAAGCACCACUGCCGGUCGUGCGGCGAGGGUUUCUGCCACCCGUGCUCCAGCCACAGGAUGCCGGUGCCCGAGAGGGGCUGGGGCAGCGGCCCCGUCAGGGUGUGCAAGGCCUGCUACCAACAGGGGGGGCCAGUGGACACCACCAGCAGCCAGGUGUGCAAGGUGGACCCUCGCGGGCUGAUAGCUCGCCGAGUGACCGAGGUGGCCCAGUCCACGCUGGACAUGGUCACCACAGCGGUGGACUACCCUCUCUGUUUCGUGAAGGAUGUGGCUCGGCCGGACUACUGGGUGCCGGACCAGGACAUCGCCCAGUGCCACCAGUGCUCCAAAACCUUCACCCCGGCCAUGUCCAAGCACCACUGCAGGGCCUGUGGACAGGGCGUGUGCGGCCCGUGCUCCACCCGCGUCAAGCCCGUGCCCUCCCGAGGCUGGGACCACCCGGUCCGAGUGUGUGACGGCUGCCACGCCCGCCAGGACAGUCUGUGAGGUUUUUAAAAAAAAAAACUGAUCCACAACAAAACGCCGUGAAUCCCGGCGUGCGCCCGCUGCUCCGGCAGAACGACGAGGAUUCCACCAUGCGGUUUUUUAGCGUGAAAAGGACCCCACAAAGUACCAUGUCUGGUUUUUAAUCGGUGCUGACUUAGGAUCAGCUUUCCCCGUCUCGUCUGCCUUCCUUGGCCAAACUGACUCUGCAGCGGUUGCUAGGUAACAUAGACUGGACAAACUGGAUUUUGACUGACUGGAAAAUCUAGAAAAAAUAAUGGGACGACGCGCAUCUCCUCUCACUUCCCGUACUCUCGACCGUCGUCUAUCUUCCUUUGCAGCACGCGACCCAUUUUCCAUUUUUUAACCAGUUUGUUUGCUGAAAAUGUAAAAAAAACAACAACAAAAAAACAGAUGAUGCUCUGGGAAUAGUGAGUCGGGGGAGGGGUUAAAGUGGGGGCUCUUUUCCAUCUCUCUCUCUUGGAGAUCUGCAGCAAAGCGUGCCUUUUCAUCUCCAUGCCCACUUCCGUUAGCUCCUGAGGUUUGUUUUUAGGGGAUUCUUUUCCCUGCGUGAGAUUAAAUGUGCCUGAUUAUGGAGCGGUGUAAUAUGGAUGGGAAGAGAAAACCUUUAGCACAACACAUUAUAAGCAUUCCAAUGUAUGGAAAUACCUGUGUACUGAUGUAGAGUGACCCACCCGCUGUGAGGUUAUUGUAAAAAAUAUAUAUAAACUAUAAACACGGGCACUCUGUUGAGCCACUGAUGCUGCAGAAAGCUCUCUUAAUAUAUUGAAUGCACCUGCACUAGACUCGACAAUUGAGAUGUUUACUUUUUUUUUAAACAAGCUCAAAUCACUCUCGUUGUUUAUGGAAAUGUGUACUGUUUAACCUACUGGAUAAAGGUAUGCAAUUAAUCUCUGUCUAGAAAUGAUCGAUUCAAAUUUUAGAGAUGUUUUUUUUUCAGAAAUAUGUGGAAAUUGAAGCAUCUUGAUUUUUCCUUUUUCGUUUCUUAAAUCAGGCUUGUUCAAAUAAAGAAAAACAAAGGAAGA